GGGACGCUUCAUGUCAUCGCAUAGCCGGCUAUCCAAGCGACGCGGCCCGAUCCUGCCAAUUAAGGGGUAAGAACCCCACUCUCGCUUUCCCCUGUAACGCCGUAGCUUUCCGUACAACGCUUUCUGUCGCUCAAGGACGAACCAACUUUCUCUCCCACACUAUCACACAAACACAUGGAUUUGCAACUAUUGUCUAAUACAGUCCCAAACUUAUUGAGCUACAAAUUAGUUGACGACCUAAAUUGGUUUGAUUUCACGAUGUUUUUAUAAUAAAAUAAUAAUCACAUUAAUUUCUUGAUUAAUCGCAGUGAAUAAGUUAUAAGGUCCAUUUUUCACGAAAAAUUAGUUCUUUAAUCUUUGAAUAAUCGUCAGCAAUGCUACCAACUUCGUAGAUAUAUCUGCAUUUGCGGCCUUACACUUAAGUUUCAAUGUUGCGCAUAUAGUAGUGAAGUGUAAUUGAAUUUAAGACACAAUAUUCUCUUAUGCUUCAAACUAUCAUAAGGUAAUUAUUAAAUCAUCUUUAUUAAAGCUGGUUUAAAUAAAUAAAGUUUGUUGAUUGUCUUCAGUAUUGCCAACGUUUAUUCACAAGCGCGGAGCGAAAGCCGAAAAUGUAAUUCGACUGCUUUGUAAACACAACGAUCCCGACUCGACAUGUGCGUUGCAAGAAAAGAAACCGAUUUCAUUGUAAGAAUUCGUUGUCAGUUAGAUAUUCGAAUUCUUGGAAACUAAGUACGAGUAAUAAUGUUAAUUGGAUGAGAGACGCAAUAAAUAUAGUUUCGUACAAAUUGUCAGAUUUGCUGUGAAAGUUUUGUCUACAAUACAGAAAAAUGGCAGUAUAUUGUCCUAUAUACGAUCCUGUCCGUGGCUGGUACAUAAUUGUCUGUGGACCAAAAGGCUCCUAUAAACAAUAUAUUUCAUCUCCUUUGUAUUACUAUCAUACAAUGGGAGUCAAGCCCCCAGUUGGUGCUAAAUUUACCGAAGAAGACUAUUUAGACCUUGACAUUGAGUUAGAGGAGGCAGAUCAAAUGAGUUCUUCAUCACCAUCACUAGCUUCCUCUUCUCUACCUCCUCCCAUACCUAUUUCUUCUUCUACUGCUCCACUAUUUACUAACUCUUUGCAGACUGCUGCAACAUCUAUGUCUCAAUUCAAUCAUUUAUCCAAUUCGAUCAAUCCACCUUUAUAUUAUGUGGACUCACACUUCAAUUCUUCAUCAUCUGAUUCUUCAUCUCCAAAGAUUAUGUCUAACAGUAAUGCUUCUAAGUUAAAGAAAACAAUGAUAAUGAAUAAAAAGUUGGAAAUGUUGGAAACAGCACUUGAAGUGUACGGAGAAGAAUUUAAUUCACCACUGUUAUCUACUAGUCCUUUUAGUAGCUCAUUAACACAUUCAUCAUCGAUUAAGGCUCCCCAUUUUGCUGCUCCAGUAGCAACAAAUUCUUUUAGUGUAAAUGACUAUCCAAUGUCACCAGCAGAUUACAAUGAUAGUACAUCGUACAAAAUUUUUGAUGGAGCUCUUGAUGAAUCAGCAAUGAAAGAAGAUAAUUUUGAUAUCUGAUAUGUUCAUGAAGAAUUUUAUUUCCCUUAUUAAACACAUAAGUUUUUAUAAACAAUUUUACAGUAUUUUGACAAUUUAUAAAGAGUUUUGUUUCUUGGAUUUAAAAGAUAUCCAGUGUUACUGUAAAAAAAGUGAUCAUAGGAAUACCUCAAUUUAAAUGACCGAGGUAAUUUAAUGUAUGAGUGAGAUUGUAUUUAUCAUAAUAUUACUAUCUACCUCAAGAAUGCAAAGACUAUUUAUUGGUUUAAAUUUGAGAAGAGUAAUAUUUAGAAUUAUUCAAUUUCGUGUUAUCAAUGGUAGAAUAGAUAAUUGUUAAAAUAAUUAUCACGUGUUCGUUUUUAAUAAUUUAAUUUAAGAAUAAAUUAUAGCAAUGUUGCUGGUUAAUACUUAGAUAAGUUUAAAAGAACUGCUUCAACGUCUGUUAAUGAAUUCAUUGUUAUUUUUUAUCAUCUAUGUUUAAUGUAAAUAUUUAAUAUAUUUUCAUUGAAAGCAUCAAUUACACGAAAGAUAUGUUUUAUGAAUUAUUUUUGUAAUAGAACCAAUAAAAAUAGAUGAAAUAAAAACUCUAAUUCAUGUCAAAAUGACUGUAUUUUUGGAACGUACAUGUAUGAGUUGUUAAUCAAGUAAAGAUCGUGCAAAUAAAGAGAUGUAUACUAAUUCUGCGAGAGCA